CAGUAAGGGCAGAAGCUCAAUCUUCCUUAAUUAUUAUAAGAAGUCUGGAUCUCCAAUUUCAUUCUUGGAAACAAAUAUAAUAUCAGUUGAUCAGGGUAGCUCGAUCAAUCGAUCAGGAUGGAGGCCGGUGCAGGGCUAGUUGCGGGUUCCCACAAUCGCAAUGAGCUUGUGGUGAUCCAUGGGCAUGAAGAGCCAAAGGCAUUGAAAGAUUUGAGUGGACAAGUGUGUGAGAUAUGCAGCGAUCAAAUAGGCUUGAAUGUGGACGGAGACCUGUUUGUUGCUUGCAAUGAGUGUGGUUUUCCCGUCUGCCGUCCUUGCUAUGAGUAUGAACGCCGAGAAGGCAGUCAUCUUUGCCCUCAGUGCAAGACCCGUUACAAACGCCUCAAAGGGAGCCCAAGGGUGGAGGGAGAUGACGACGAAGAAGACCUAGAUGACAUUGAGCAUGAGUUCAACAUGGACGCCACAGCCGAGAAGAUGAAGAUGAAUAAUCAAGACAUCGCAGAGGCAAUGCUCCAUGGAAAGAUGAGUUAUGGAAGAGGAGGCGGCCCUUCAGAUGAUACUGAAAACAUCAACUCUCAAUACCCGCAUGUUCUCACUACAGGCCUCCGCUCUCGUCCUGUGAGUGGUGAAUUUCCAAUAUCAACUAAUAAUAAUCAUGGAGGAGAUCAACAGUUGUUAUCUUCUUCUUCCCUACACAAACGAAUCUACCCUUAUCCAUCCUCUGAACCAGGAAGCGCAAGAUAUGAUGAAAAGAAAGAGGUAAAUGUCUGGAAAGACAGAAUGGAUGACUGGAAAUUGCAGCAAGGCAAUCUUGGUGCCACAGAACAUGACCAAGACGGCUAUGGUGGUGACCCUGACAUGUCCAUGCUAGAUGAAGCAAGGCAGCCCCUGUCUAGAAAAGUACCAAUAGCAUCCAGCAAGAUCAAUCCUUAUAGAAUGGUCAUCAUUGCCCGUCUCGUCAUCUUGGCCUUCUUCCUCCGCUACAGAAUCAUGAAUCCAGUUCACGAUGCCAUCGGUCUGUGGCUAACCUCCAUCAUCUGUGAGAUCUGGUUUGCCUUCUCAUGGAUCCUCGAUCAGUUCCCCAAAUGGUUCCCCAUUGAUCGCGAAACUUAUCUCGAUCGCCUUUCUAUAAGGUUCGAGAGGGAAGGUGAACCGAACAUGCUAGCGCCCGUAGACAUAUUUGUGAGCACAGUGGAUCCCAUGAAGGAACCUCCUCUUGUUACAGCAAACACAGUCCUAUCCAUUCUAGCCAUGGAUUACCCUGUCGAUAAGACUUCAUGCUACAUCUCUGACGAUGGUGCUUCAAUGAUCACCUUCGAGGCACUAUCCGAAACUGCAGAAUUCGCCAGAAAAUGGGUUCCUUUCUGCAAGAAAUUUCAGAUAGAGCCCCGGGCUCCUGAGAUGUACUUCUCCCUUAAGAUUGAUUACCUCAAAGACAAAGUUCAGCCCACAUUUGUCAAGGAGCGUCGAUCAAUGAAGAGAGAGUAUGAAGAAUUUAAGAUUCGGAUUAAUGCAAUCGUAGCAAAAACCUCAAAGGUCCCGGCAGAGGGAUGGAUCAUGCAAGAUGGAACACCAUGGCCAGGAAACAAUACUAAGAAUCACCCAGGCAUGAUUCAAGUCUUUUUAGGUCAUAGUGGAGGACUUGAUGCAGAAGGAAACGAGCUUCCGAGACUUGUCUAUGUUUCUCGUGAGAAACGUCCCAGUUUUCAACAUCACAAGAAAGCUGGUGCCAUGAAUUCUUUGAUUCGAGUAUCCGGAGUGCUUACCAACGCCCCUUUCAUGCUGAACUUGGAUUGCGACCAUUAUUUAAACAAUAGCAAGGCUGUGCGAGAGGCGAUGUGUUUCUUGAUGGACACACAAACUGGGACCAAGGUUUGCUAUGUGCAGUUUCCUCAGAGGUUUGAUGGCAUUGACAGGAAUGACCGAUAUGCCAACAGGAACACAGUCUUCUUCGAUAUAAACAUGAAAGGUCUGGACGGGAUUCAAGGGCCUGUAUAUGUGGGAACAGGAUGUGUUUUCAGACGACAGGCUUUGUAUGGUUAUGAUCCUCCAAAGGGAAAAAAACGUCCAAAGAUGGCAAGUUGUGGAUGUUGCCCGUGUUUUGGACGACGGAAGCUUCCCAAGUAUUCUAAAGGUUCCGAAGGAGAUUCUGCAAAUAAUCAAGGGUUUGAGGAUGACAAGGAGCUGCUGAUGUCCCAGAUGAAUUUCGAGAAGAAGUUUGGACAGUCGGCUAUCUUUGUGACCUCCACACUAAUGACUGACGGUGGCGUUCCUCCAUCCUCCAGCCCUGCAGCAUUGCUUAAAGAAGCCAUUCAUGUGAUUAGCUGCGGUUAUGAAGAUAAAACCGAAUGGGGUCUUGAGUUGGGUUGGAUCUAUGGAUCUAUUACAGAGGAUAUCCUUACAGGUUUCAAGAUGCAUUGCCGAGGCUGGAGAUCGAUUUACUGUAUGCCAAAGUUAGCAGCAUUUAAGGGGUCUGCUCCCAUCAAUCUAUCUGAUCGUCUCAAUCAGGUUCUUCGGUGGGCUCUUGGAUCUGUCGAAAUCUUCUUCAGUCGUCAUAGCCCUAUUCUGUAUGGCUAUAAAGGAGGCAACCUUAAGUGGCUCGAGCGGUUUGCUUAUAUCAACACAACCGUCUAUCCUUUUACCUCAAUACCAUUGCUAGCCUACUGUACUCUUCCUGCAAUCUGCUUGCUUACUGACAAAUUCAUCAUGCCAGAGAUAAGCACCUUUGCAAGUCUCUUCUUCAUUGCCUUAUUCAUCUCAAUCUUCACAACGGGCAUUCUGGAACUGAGAUGGAGUGGAGUGAGCAUCGAGGAAUGGUGGAGAAACGAGCAAUUUUGGGUUAUUGGUGGUGUUUCAGCUCACCUCUUUGCUGUCAUUCAAGGUCUCCUCAAAAUUCUGGCUGGUAUUGACACAAACUUUACGGUUACAUCCAAAUCGUCAGGCGAAGAUGACGAGUUUGGAGAGCUAUAUGAAUUCAAAUGGACCACACUUCUUAUCCCUCCAACCACAAUCCUAAUCAUCAACCUUGUUGGAGUUGUUGCUGGAGUAUCAGAUGCCAUCAACAACGGGUAUCAGUCGUGGGGACCACUAUUCGGGAAGCUGUUUUUCGCUUUCUGGGUUAUAGUUCAUCUGUACCCAUUCCUCAAAGGUCUAAUGGGAAGGCAAAACAGAACUCCCACAAUUGUCAUCAUCUGGUCAAUUCUCUUGGCUUCAGUCUUCUCAUUGCUAUGGGUGAGAAUUGAUCCUUUUGUUCAAAAGACUAAAGGUCCCACUGUCAAGCAAUGUGGCAUCAAUUGCUAAUCUCUUUUCAUCCCCCCUUCAUUUGAUUUGGAUUUUCGCUUGCUGGCUGGCUGUGACGAAAACAAGUAAAUUUUGUUAUAUAUUACUGUUUGUAAGUCCACAAGAAAUUUAUUCAGAGUGUAAAAGGUAUUUGGUUUUAGUACUGCA